UUAUGGAGAUAUUUCGAACAGUUGAAGAUAAUCCCCCUGAAACGCUUCAAACUCUCCUCUUGUAUGAGAAAAACCCUGGUCAAGCGCAAAGAUUUCUUGGCGAGAACUUCAGGUGGCCUUCCUCGAUGCCAGAAAGUCAUAAAAGGGAUGCUUUCGUACAAAUCGCUGACGUUGAUCUCGAAUUUGAUGAUGAUAUCGGGUUUAACCUUAUAUUUUUUUACAAUGCACUCGACAGAGGCGAGUUUUCUGGUCAUGAAAAUGAGUGGGCGACUGUGUACAAUCAGAAAGUAGUAGAAUAUGGACAGCAGUAUAACGAUGAACAAUUGAACAGGGUUCUCGAAGCUAUGCCUAGUGCCAUCCAACUCCCAGUUGAUCAGACACGUCUGCCACGUAAUAAGCCAGCAAAGAUGGUGGUUGUUCAGCGUACUAAUAAUG